CAUAGCAUGCAUGGUUCGUCUGCUUGCUAGCGCUUCUCUUUCCUUCUGCUCUCUAAGCUCUCCGCACCACGGCUUCUCGGCAGAGAGAUGGGCCAGGCAGGGGGGUUGGCAGCGCAGACGAUCGUUCACUGCGCCAGCAGACGGCUUCGUUUCGUUUCGUCUGGAAGUUUCGUUUGCUUUCUUUCCCUGUUUUUGUUCGGCAUCCGGUAAAGAAGGGGGUUUGAGACGUGGUGAUUCGUCGGUGUUUCAACUCGCGAGAGAUUUGUGCAAACGGUGUUCCGGACCAAGAGGGCCCAACGCAAACGAGGGCGAAGUUAACCGCAGCGAAACCUUCAGCGUACGGACGAAAGAGCGCCGCAAAUCGAAGACUGUCUCUCGCCGCCGCGUCGCAGCCUAGCAACCUUCUGCAAAUUUGCAACGACGUUCAGUGCAAAACCAGGGCGACGUCAGAGGACUCGUGUGUGCCAAAAGGAUCCGUCCGAAACCUCAGACGAAGCCAAGCGACAUUUUUCCCCCCGACCAACUGAGCACAUCUUCGCUUCUUCAUCGACCAAGCUAGUGGCGUUGGUUUUCCGUUAGCGACUCAGGAAACCGAUCUACUUUCAGCAACCGUGCAGGGGCCAUUGAAAGGAGCAACGCUUUCUUUCCGUGUCGACAAUCGUACAUCGCAAAAAAGCCAUCGGAUCGUUCAUUCCGUGAUUAGUGGGCCAUACAAUACCUCGAGCGAGCGAAUGCUGCCAUCUUCGGGAUAAUAACCUCAUCAGAAGCCUGAAAACAAUCAACACUCACGCACCACAGUCGCACUAGGCCCCUGGACAAGUACAAAGAGAUAAGAUAAUCGCCGAAGGCUCAAGAAGCAUGCAGUGAAGACGUGACCACAGAACGUAUAGUGCUCUGGGUCCAACUAUACCAACGGGGAGACUAGUUGCCUGACAAUUUAUCUUUACUCUUGAGUAACGCACUAUCAACAUUGGUAGAGCACUACUUGAACUUUUCGCAGACCAACUUCAUUAUCAUUGAGGACUCAGAUAAUCGUAGAAGGCUUCGACGGUAGCGGUGAAGGCUUGACCACACAACUUUGAGCCCUCGGUCCAACAGCACCAGAGUAGAGGCCAGUUACUUGAUUACUUGACGAAUCAUCCUCAAACUUGAUUAACGCACUAACUAGCGACCGUGUGCAAACCGCUAUUCUGCGCUGAAGAUCCUUACAUACAAAUGUAGGGGGACGAGUAGUAUUUCAGACAAGACAUUCCUUCUGGAACACAUCUUUCAUGAAGUACUGCCAGAGAUGGCUGGUUGUGCAGAUGUUUUACGCGUAAUGACAUUAACAAUCACACAUUAGCUCCAAGCCACUUCAUAUUCCACUACAGACCUCACUGUAAACGCACGCCAAUAUCACGAUCUCCUCUGUCGUAGGAAGACACAAAGCUUUGCUAGAACAAAAAGCAAUAACGAAAGCCAAAUUAAAUGUACUUACAAGACCUGCACUGCGUUUCUUUAUUCAUCGAGUAACAUUGAAAGGACGCUCAAAUUAUCACGGGAUACAAAAAUAUAUUCUUUCUUGGGACCACAAAUAGAACCUUCUGCGUCGUUAACUAAAACGAUGCACUAUAUCAUACCUUAGGUGCAAAUAGGGCAGACAGGAUCUUGCACUGCUCAAGCAAAUCCACGUAUUUGAACUAGCCAGCAAUAUCAUAACUCUUUCAUGCAACCUGAUACCCGUGAAGAAAGCCCAAGAAAAGCACCACAGCAACAUUUUCUAACAAAAUUUUACACAGCAUCCAGACUAGCAAUAGCUGACACUGAAGGCAGUCCACAGCUUCCCAAGGUUAGAAGCAGCGAAUAUUUUGUAAUACCUAGGGCAUCCAAAGCUUAUUUUCAAGCUUAAGUAAAGACCGCGCAUCACGGGUAGCGAAUCGUGAAAUCAAUGUAGAAUACUCGCACUGGCAAUUCAACUGCAAUCGACGUAGUCUUGUAGAGUUGCACUCGACGCACAGCCCAAAUUUCGUGGAUCAGCGUAGGACGUAGCGAGACUACACAACAGACCGCAACUCUUGAUACCGGACACUAAACGACCUGAUAAGGAUCGCUGGGGGACUGGCGCCAACGAUACCAUUGUCGACAGGCCUAAGCUGAAUUUCGAAAAACGACCGUAAGGAGUGAUAACCACGGAACGCAUGUAGCCUAUCUUUGAAGCUAGGAAACGUAGUCUACGUUGAAUCCACGCGAAAGUGUCAGGUCUAGUCUACGUUUGGAAAGUAGUAGCGGUACUAGCGUUAAACCCUGUCGUCCUAGAAAAAAGAGCUCGAGACUCACAAGACGCAUUUAAAGCCGUACGUAGGAUGGUGAUCGAGAACGCAUAGGCGUAGAAUUUGACUAAAGAUCAGUUCUCAGGCAACGCGUCAAGUCACUGAGCCCAAAUCAAGAUAACCAGCUGGUGAAACAACACAACCUUUAGCUAGCUUCAAAUUCAUAAUUCAAGAUAUUGCCUAAGAACUGCUGAGAAAAGGAAGUCCUGGUGUCGUUUUACAGUCUGGAAUCAACAUCAACAAUAGCAGUCGGGAGGUCAAACAGAAAAACGGAUCACUAGUCACUUUGCUCGACACACGCUCAAGUCGAAGCGUCAUAAACUCGAGGACAGACUUCGUUUAUUCAAAAAGUACUCGAAAAAUGCGCACGUACAGCUCUGUUGAUCAUUCAGUUGUCUUUUCUUGAGAAUAAGCAUUAGGUCAGCGUGAGAAAAAAGAUAUACUAAAUGUCCAUGGCGGAAGUCACCUUCAUCAAACGAGCAAAGCCACCACCGAAGGUCAAGUAAACCCCAGGACCCAUAACUGACUGAAAAGAAAGAAAGAAAGAAAGAAAGAAAGAAAGAAAGAAAGAAAGAAAGAAAGAAAGAAAGAAAGAAAGAAAGAAAGAAAGAAAGAAAGAAAGAAAGAAAGAAAGAAAGAGACGCCGGGAACCACGCGGCGAUAGCAGAUUCAUAAAACAAAGGGCGUCAAACGUCCUCCGUCUUGUCGUUGCGGAUGGCUCAGAACCGCCGGAUCUCUUCCAAACGAUCGGACGCACUGAAGGAAGGCGCGAAUAUUGCGAGUUAAGCUCAAACGGUGAAAAAAGAAAGAAAGAAAGAAAGAAAGGAAGAAAGAAAGAAAGAAAGAAAGAAAGAAAGAAAGAAAGAAAGAAAGAAAGAAAGAAAGAAAGAAAGAAAGAAAGAAAGAAAGAAAGAAAGAAAGAAAGAAAGAAAAAGUGACCGCGCAGUAGAAGCCGUCGUAUGGCUCCCGUGCAACCACGCCACGUCCAGCGGCUGCCCCCGUCGUCGCCCAUAGACGUGCACUGCCACAACAUGACCAGACUCCUGCUGUCCCUGACGGCCAACCUGUCGUCGUCCUCCUCGUCGCCCUCCGCGAACCUGUCCCGGGGUCCCGAGGACGGCCUGUGGUCGGCGAACGGGUCCUCGACCCCGGGCGCGGGAUCGCCCCCGAUCGACGACAGGGAGUCGGAGGCGAGCCAGCGCCAGGCGCUGCUCUACAUCGUGGUGGUGCUGUUCUUCUACUCCUUCGGCAUCGGCUUCAUGAUGAUACGCUACAUGCGACAGGAGGCCAAGGAACAGGAAGAGUGCAAGAUGUACCGCAGGUACAUCAACGCCGCCCACGAGCAGUACCUGAACGCAACGAACAGAGCCCGGCUAGCCAACAGGCUGGCUUUGCAGGCGUUGAACACCGUCAAUGCCAUACCGCAGACGACCCACGUCGGCUCCAAGGUGACGUUCGUAUGACGACCGGCCAGGGCCUUCUUCUAGACGUUCUGGCGCAAAGGACAGGACCAGCUUCUGCGUUUCGCCUGCGGUACAACGAGCAGGCGGCAUUGUGGACGGAUGUUUGCCUGCUGGACGAACGAGCAGACGGUGGAGCAGACGGUGGAGCAGACGGCUCGCUUGUCUGCUGAAAUGCUGGACCAGCAGGCAGACGGCAGCGCAGAAGCGUGUUGGUUGCAUACAGGAAGACGACGCUGGCCAUUCGACGAGCCGACAAGGCAUCGCAUGUUCGAGCGCCUAUGAACAAACGAGUUGAGCAGGUAGAAGAAGGUCUUGGUGGUUUUUGUACUAGCUAGACUGCAAAAACUUCGUGGGCUUGACGUGAAACCAAGAACAAUCUUCGACAUUUUCCUGUGCUUCGGCACUUCGUGGUCAGCAGUUACCUUGGAUCAGGGCAUAUUUUGUUCCUAAAGCCACCAGUGGCAGGCUCAAUCGAGCCCAAGAACAGGCAACGCCCAUUAUAAGGCAACGGCAACUUCGACGAAACGUAGUUUGCUCUCCUUGGAGAUGUGCAGUGUGACGUCAGAGUCUGUUCUACGUGACCGCAAAUCCGCACAGAAGGCGACCGGAUGCUGAACCACUUCGCCCCAACACAAUUAGCGGGUAAAGUGUGAAAGUCACGCGCUUCGUCUGUCAGAUUUAGCACUUACGUGCGGCUCUGAGAGACUAUCAAUGUGACCAGACUUUUUCGUCUGUCGUUAAGCUUGUGCGCGACUUAACCGAACUCACGUGUGCGGUGACUGCCAGACGAUCGUGAACGCUGAGCGCUACUGAGCGCAUUGCAGGAACUUCACGGACAGUCGUCUGCACGCGAUUCACGUCUGGCGAACGGUGUUUGCACACUUACUCUAAGCAGGGACUUAGCCUCAAGUAAACACAAUGUGCAGACGGGUAUGUUCAUUACGUCACAGAUAGCCUAGCGAGGCUAAUCUGCGAUGUAGAAGAGGUCGUCAGAGGGUUUUAAUUGCAAAGCCAAACCUGUGUACCAACGUUUUCAUUUUGCAUCUCCUGUUCAUCUGUUAGAAAAGGCAGUGGUAAUAUGUUAGUGACGUCACUAUAUUGUGGUGAAUACUGUGUUGCAUCUGUUCGAGAGAUCUGUCUGCGAGUGGACGUUCAGGGACAUUGUACCUACAUCGCUCGUGCUCUGGAGCGCAUUCUGUAUAAUUUUGUAUUCUUGUCGACUUGUUCAAUACGUGGCGUUGUUUAGAGCACCCUCUAUAUAUACACGUCUUCCCUUUCCAACCAUUUUUCAACAACCUAGAUGUUACUUCAGGAGCUUGCGUUCGGCCCCGUUUUAUUCGACGGGAAAGCCUAAGUGUAUGCGCGGGAAAUUUUUUUACUCCUUAGUUUCAUUUUAAUGGGCUCUUCAUUCUUCAAGAAAGCGCACGACCACCUACUCAAGCUCGAAAAAUCCGAAGCUCACAGGGAUCUUUGGACAUUGAGACCACCGGCACUAUGAGGCCACUCGCAUCAUUUAAUGUGUCCUUUUACCAGAUGCUUGCUGCCUCUCCCAUUUUCCCAUUUAAGCAACUGUCCCUGCAUUUCAUGGGAGUCGCACAGAGACAGAGCUCACAGCCGACACAACUCCGGCGUGUUCGGUAAGCUAAGGUUGUCUUAAAACGCAACAUAUUGCUUCGGACAGCAUAUCUAUAAUUUAUUGUAAUCGAACGGGUCAGAUUAUACCAUCAUGUAAAUGCAUUUCGAAAGGCCACAUGCCAUCGGCAUCCAGCGCUCGUCGCUUCUGUGACGAUGGCAGAUGUGACAAUCGUGACACCGAUGUGACGAUGUGACACCGAUCGUAACGUAACCGUAAUCAGUACUACGGCGUUAAACACCAAGUGAGGUACUUACCUCAGGCCGAGGUUACACAUGGUUGCGUUCUUUCUAUAUGUACGCAUAUGUCUCUCCGGCGAACGUCUGUGAAAGUUCGAGACUUCUUUUUUUUUUUUGCCGCAUACGCCGAUUUGUAUCACGUGGUCUGGUGCAGCGUACACUGAGAACUUUAACCCCAAUGAUCUCAUUCCGUCGGACAGUUACUUCAAGUGUGACGUAUCGAAUUACAUCCCGCGCCUGCGCAGUUCCGAGCAAGCGAUCUUGUCGCGAACACACAAGAGCAUUGUUUGCGCUCGGCGUGAGUUUUGCAGACACGCCGAGGUGUUACAUGUGUGCCGGGCCGAAUCUUGAAGCGUAAAACUUCUACAGCCAUAAUCAUCCGCCAUGAAGCUGCGCAGUGGCAUUUUAGUCGAUGUCGGUGCUCCCGCGCCAACGUUCGUAAAAUGCGAAAUGCAUUCAAAUCAACGCAGUCAUCGCCGCAACUUGCAAGUCACGGUUCAAAUUUGUGUCGCCACUCACAAGGCCGGUAUACGCAAACGUCUGAGACAUCAUCAGCUUUACGAAUCCAGCAAGACCCAAGUGAGCGCGGCAAUAUGUUCCGUUCGCCCGGAAGAGGGCGAACGGAGCAACAGCGCUGAUGGCGACAUCUCAUGUCACAGUGUUCAACCACAAUACUUAAAAAAACACACACACACAUCGCGUUAUCGUCGCGUCCCCCGCGCGAUUUCUUCUUAAUAUGGACAACGAUGUAUACAACACGCCUUCGACGACGAUAACGUCGAUGCCGACGAAUCAACGCCAGCGAGUCGCACCAUUUAGUCGUCGACUGCAACGCGAGUUCAACAAGGCUCAUGGAAUGCAACGUCACCCAUAGUGCGGCUGUUUUAGCCCAGUAAUUGCGUUACCGCGCUCUACGCGGUACUCGGAAACAUUCUUGGAGGAAUCGCCAAGCCGAUAAGUCGCCCUGCAAUCGAAGGAUUUGCUGUAGCAGUGUGGUCAUUGCAUUUAUUCUUUUUUUUUUUUUUGAACAGCACGGUCUCUCUUCACAUAUCAUUUCAUCUUCUCCACGUGUGGGAAAGGCUCGCGCAAG